AAGACUCUUUUUUUCUUCUUUAUGUUUAAGUCAGUGAGGUUCAAAACGUUUGCAAUUCCUCUCUCUCUUGAGAUUUCUACUCUUUGUGUUGUGAACACUACUACAAUGGCUGAGGGUGCAGAGACGGUAAAGCUAAGUCUGAGACUUCUCAUAGAUGAAGAAAGGAACAAGGUUGUCUUGGCUGAAACUGGUAAGGAUUUUGUUGAUGUGCUUUUUAGUUUUCUCACACUUCCCAUGGGAACUAUUGUCAGAUUGCUUGAGAAACAUCGAACAUCGCCUCAAGUGGUUGUAGGAUGUUUUAACAAUCUUUACAAAAGCGUUUCAGAGAUGGGUCUUGAGAGUUUUCAGACUGAAUCAUGUAAGCAAGUGCUACUGUAUCCUAGGAGUGUGUAUCGUGACAAGUACAGAAAGAUUAAGUUGAAAAUAGAUGACACCGAGGCUGUCAAGUACUUUGUUUGCCCACGUUUUCACCAUGGAGGAGGAUACUGCAGAAGAUAUUAUAGCUUAUUGAGCACUGAGUCAUGUGGGUGUGGGGAAAUUGUGGACUCGAAGUUGGUCAGUGGAUUGAUGAAUCAGGAGAUUCAGGAACUUGAUGAAGAGCAAGUUCAAGGCAACAGCGAUGACAUUUUUGUUAGCUAUGAGAAUUCGUUCGUCAUAACGGAUGACCUGAAAGUGGCAUUGAGCUCUAUGGAUUAUGUACUGAAUACUCUGAAAGGCUUAGGCUAUGCAAAUGCUCACAAGCUCGGUGAAAUUGUUCUUGAUGUCGGUUUAAGUGAGAUAUUCACUUUGCUGGAAUGUUUAUUUACUUCGGAUUCUCCAUUAACCGAUACUUUUCUAAGGAAGCAAAGUUCUCUGUGCCUGACUAGAUCUCGUAUACCGCUAACUCCAACUGUGCAAGAAUCUGGAGCAGGACCAGAGCAAACCAUAACUCUGAAAGCAUUUGUUAGAAAAGUGGACGGUAAGUUUCUCUGUGUAGAAUCUGGAGCAGAUUUCAUUGAUCUUGUAUUCACUUUUCUAGCCUUACCACUUGGAUCUGUCUGGGACAUCUCUGGAGACAAUAUCACUCUUGGUUGUAUUGGGAACGUGUUCAGAAGCUUCAAGGGUUUGAACGAAGAAAAUGAUGAUUCCUCGUCGUCUGCCAAGUGUCUGCUUCCUUCUUAUUAUAGUUGCCCAAAACAGUUGCUUGAUGUUGUCACUUUGCAAACAGAAAUCUAUUAUUACAGGUUCUGUCCCAGCCCUGCUGAUCCCUUUGGCGGCUGCAGUAGGUUAGGUUUCACUAGAAAGAUGCCUGAUUGUUUUAAUUCUCAAAGCCAAAACAUCAAGGUUUUUGAUAUGACAAGUUUUGGGUUUGUGAGGGGAUACGUAAGGUAUUUGGUUACUGAUGAUUUGGUCAUUAAACUGAAGGACUCGGUUUCGAACAUUAGUUUGCUAAAGCUGACAAUGCAUUUGGCGGAGGAAGAUGUCAGAGAACAAAUGAUCACCAUUGGGAAAUCAGAGGCUAUUAGUUUGCUAAGAACUUCAAUGAUAACAUCCUCGGCUUUAACUACUUGCUUCUGGAACUUAAUCGUGAAGAAGGCCAAAGAAGAAACUUAAGGAAAGUAUAAGCCAGUGUUUAUCAGGGUCCAUAUGGAUAUUUUUUAUGAGGUUCCCAAGUAGUAAUCAUGUUCUUCUAUAUAUUAUCUUCUAAUUUAACUAUUAGUCAUCAUGUUUAUCUUCAUGGUGAAUAUUGAAGUUCAUCGAACCUAAGUCAAUUUCUUGGUGCUUUUCCUUUUAACAUUAGAUUAAGGUUUUGGUGCUUUUCCUUUUCUAAUUAUGCUAAGUCGGCUUGUACGUGGGUCUUAUAUAAAGACCCCUUAUGAUCAA